GAGCAAGAUCUAUGAAUAUUGAGUAACGAUCUGGAAAUUGGAUCAGCUAAAGAUUUUUCCAGCCCCAAAUCACUUUGACUAGAUCGUUUGGUGAUGAUUUGAAACAAUAUUUUCUAUGGGAGUUUCGGAGAAAGUGCAACAAUCCCAAAAAUAAAUCUAAUAUAUUAAUUUUUUCACAAUGGGUCUAACAACCACGGACCAUAAAUUUGCAUUUGAUGUCCAAAGUUUGCAUAAACCUUUUUACCUAUUAUUUUUUUGGUUAACUUCCAUGGCUUCCACACACGUAUCUGAAGCAUCUUCUUCUACCCCAAAAUCUAAAUAUGAAGUGUUCCUAAGUUUCAGAGGUGAAGACACACGCAAGAACUUCACCGAUCAUCUCUACGCAGCCUUGAUAAGAGCUGGAGUGAACACCUUCAGAGAUGAUAAUGAACUUUCAAGAGGCAAAGACAUCUCCUCAGAGCUGCUCAAGGCGAUCCAAGAAUCAAAAAUCUCUGUUGUGGUCUUUUCAAAAGGCUACGCUUAUUCCAGGUGGUGCCUAAAUGAGCUUGUGAAGAUUAUUGGGUGCAAAAACGCAAUAGGGCAGAUUGUUAUUCCAAUCUUCUAUGAAGUCGAUCCAUCUGAUGUUGGGAAACAGACAGGAAGUUAUGCAAAAGCUUUUGCUAAACACGAAGAACGUUUUGAAGCAGAUAUGGAGAUGAUCAAAAUGUGGAGGACAGCUCUUUCAGAUGCUGCAGAUUUAUCUGGUUGGGAUCUACAAAACGUUGCAAACGGGCAUGAAUCAAAGUUUAUCCAAAAGAUUGUGGAAGAUGUCCUAAGAAAAAUAAACCGCGUUCACCUGCAUGUUGCCACUCACCCAGUUGCUUUACAAUCCCGCGUUAGAGAGGUAAUGGCGUUAUUAAGAAUGGAAUCUGAUCAUGUUCGCAUUGUGGGCAUCUACGGAAUGGGUGGUAUAGGAAAGACCACCAUAGCAAAAGCUGUCUACAACUCUAUCUGUGAUGGGUUUGAUGGAAGCAGUUUCCUUUCAGAUGUUAAAGAUAUAUCUAAGAAAACUAAUGGUCUUGCAGGCAUACAACAACAACUCCUUUCUGAUAUCCUGAAUUUGAAAAGUAUUAGGAUUCAUAAUGUUGACAGAGGAAUCAAUUUGAUUCAGGAAAGGCUUUGUCAUCGGAGAGUUUUAAUUGUUCUUGAUGAUGUGGAUGAUUCAACACAAUUGAAUUCAUUGGUUGGGGAUCUAAAGUGGUUCGGUAUAGGAAGUAGGAUUAUUGUUACAACAAGGGAUGCACGUUUGCUGACUGAAUUAGAGGUGGACAAAAGAUAUAAAGUUGAAGAAUUGAAUCCUGAGGAGUCUCUCCAGCUUUUCAGUCGGCAUGCAUUUAGGAGGCCUAAUCCCAAAGAUGGUUACUUCCAACUUUCCAAGAGUGUGGUGGAUCAUGUUCAAGGACUUCCCCUAGCUCUUGAACUUCUUGGUUCUCAUUUGUUUAAAAGAAGCCAGCUUGAAUGGGAAAGUGUGGUCGAAAAAUUGCGACACAUACCUCAUGACCAAAUUCAUAAGAAGCUUAGGAUAAGUUUUGAUACACUAGAUUACCAAGUUAAAGCCAUAUUCCUUGAUAUUGCAUGUUUCUUCAUCGGACUGGAUAAAGAGUAUGUCAUGAAAAUACUAGAUGGUUGUGGUUUCUUUCCAGUAAUCGGUGUUAGUGUUCUCUUGGAGAGGUCUCUCAUAACAAUUGAUCACCAAGGUGGUCAUACGCUUAUAAAAAUGCAUGACCUACUUCGAGACAUGGGAAGAGAGAUUGUUCGUGCAGAAUCACCAAAUCAUAUUGGAAAAUGCAGCAGACUAUGGUUUCAUGAGGAUAUAGUAAACGUACUAAAAACGCACAAGGGAACUGAAUCUGUGGAAGGUCUUAGCCUAGAUGUAUCAGCCUGCAGAGAAGAUGUCAUUGUGAGCACUACUGAAGCAUUGGCAAAGAUGAUCAAUUUAAGAUUGCUGAAAAUUAAUUCCAUACGUUUUGCUGGUGGCAGCUAUGAAAACUUUUCCAAAGAAUUAAGAUGGCUUUGUUGGCAUAGGUGUCCUCUAAAAGUUUUACCGCCUAACCUCGAUUUAGAUAACAUGGCUGUUCUUGACUUGCGAUUUAGUAAUGUCAGAAAAGUUUGGAAGGAGACAAAGUUUCUCCACAAGCUUAAAAUACUAGAUCUCAGCUAUUCAAUAUGCCUUGUGAAGACACCGAACUUUGCUGGACUCUCAAGUCUGGAAAGACUAGAAUUUGAAGGUUGCACAAGUUUGAUUAAGGUUCAUCAAUCCAUUGGGCUGCUGGAAAGACUUGUAAUCUUGAAUUUGGCAGAGUGCAACAACUUAAGGGAACUUCCGGACAGCAUUUGCAAUGUAAGAUCUCUUGAGACCUUGAGUGUUAAUGGUUGCUCGAAACUUAACAGGUUACCAGAGCAUAUGGACAAGUUGGAAGGUUUGAGAAAGCUUCUUGCUAAUGGGUCUGCUAUUAAGCAAUUGCCUAUUUCCUUGGGACUCUUGAAGAACCUUGAAGAGCUAUUAUUAGCUGGAUGUAAAGAAGAGUUGACUACCAAGUGUUUGUCCGCAUCCUUCUCAAGAUGGGUUUCACCAAAAAGUGUAGGUUCUUCCACAUUACUACCAGCUACGUUUUCUCAUUUAAGCUCAUUAACAAAGCUUGAUCUCAGUCAUCGAAACUUAUCUGACGAUGAUAUUUCUAUUGAUUUUGGGAGUUUCCAAUUUCUUGAUCGGUUGUAUUUAGAUGGAAACAAGUUUUAUAGAACGCCAGUUGGAAUUAGCAAUCAUCCUAAGUUAUUUGAACUGCAUUUAAAUGAUUGCACGAACCUUCAAUCAAUUCCAGAGCUUCCUCCAAAUUUAAAUUACUUCCAAGCAAAACGGUGCACAUCAAUCCAUAGAUACCCAAACCUAUUCAACGUAGGUGCGCUGAUUUUGGGACUCAAAAUGACGAAUUGCGUUGAAAGAAUGGACAUGUGGGAUCUUCGUCAUUUAAACCCACGGUGCUCCGUCAGCUGGGGAGAGGUGCUCUCUCUCUCUCUCUCUCUCUCUCUCUCUCUCUACGCUAUAUUGUUAAUAUUCAUAACGGAGAUUUCAUUGAAACAGGGGAGUUUUUGGUCCAAGGAAAGGUAUUUGGAAGCUUGCAUCCCGGCUAGAGAGGUGCCAGGUUGGUUCGACUAUACAGAAAUGGGAUCUUCAGUAUUGUUUCGCGUUCCUUCCCUCUCAAGUGGUGAAACUCGAGCUAUGAUUGUGUGCGUUGUCUAUUCGACCAAAGAUGAGCAUGAUGACAGCACGUAUAAUUCUCUUACCAUACAUUUUAAAAAUAAUACCAAGGGCUAUGAGACUUUAGAUAAGUCUUCACUUGAUUUGGAUACUAAUAUAUGUCAAGAUCAUACCUGGAUAUGUUAUUUGACGACCAAAGAGUAUGUGGGUCUAAAAGUGGAUGAAGGAGAUGAAUUUGAAGUUUCUGUUGAGGGGCAUGGUGGAAUUCUUGUGAAGAAAUGUGGUAUCCAUUUACCAAUUCAUGAACUUGAGGUGCAGGUAUAACUCGAUUAGACUAAAGUUGAAUGUUUCAGUAUUGUUUCAAAAAUAA